AUGCUGAACGUGCUGCUGCUGUGCUGCGGGCUGCUGCAGGGGAUCCAGGCCAUCCUUACUGCUGACCUCAGCCGCAGCCACCUGCAGAAGGGGAGCGGUGGGCUGGAGGGGACGGACAGAGCCCGCUACUCCAGCCUGCUACGGAAAGUCAAGGAGGUGUCUGCGGAGCCAGCAGGAGCUCUCCCCAGGCUGGGGUUUGAGCAGAUGGCCCUGGAGGUCCGAGAAGCUGACGGUGACCUCAUGCAGAGAGGCGGUGUGCUGGAAUCACAGGCAUCAUCCACAGAACUGCAAGCUGCAGGCCGAGAAGAGCGCUCCCCCCGCCGCUGUGUUCGCCUCCUGGAGUCCUGCCUGGGGCAUCAGGUCCCCUGCUGCGACCCCUGUGCCACCUGUUACUGCCGCUUCUUCAACGCUUUUUGCUACUGCAGGAAAAUCGGCACCAAUUUCCCCUGUGGCAAGAACUAG